GUAAGUUUCAUUCCCCAGUUAUUAUUUUCUCCAAACAAAAAAUAAAAAUAAUGUCACAACACGGUGACGAUCCUUCUUCUACCUCAUCUGUAUUCUCGAAAGAACCACAAAGAAAGUCUGCUCUUAAAAGGAAGUGUUCUGGAUCGAAUGGAGAGUCUGAGGUGCUGUCCUCAUUACCAAACAGUAUCACCAGUGGCAUUAGUGAUGGGGAUAUUCCAUCAAAAACAAACGAUUGGAAUGCAAAACUAAUUUGUAAUCGUCUUCAAAUCAAAUGUACAGAAUAUUCAGAUCCGUAUUCACACUUCAUCAAAGAAUAUAUAACAUUAAAACAAGAUUCAAAGUUCUGUAAUUGUAUUUUUGAACAAUUCCCCAACCUUAUUGGAGAGCCCAAUCCACAUGCGACACCAACAUUUAUUGUUCAUGUUGACAAUAUUGAUCAGGAUGAAAGAAACACAACCAACAUUACUAGUCAACAAAAGCAAAUAGUUAAAAGCACACUUGCAACAUUUGACGAUUCUUUUAAAUUAAGGAUAGAAUGCUUCGAGUAUGUUCUGAAUUGUUGGGAUGACUUGGAUUGUGAAUAUAUCAAUCAAAUUAAUAUUGGCAGUGCCUUGAAGAAGGUUCAAGAACUUGAUAGACAAUUUGAGAGGUCAUCAUUAUAUUUAUGUGAAUGGUUUCAUCGAAAAAGUAAAGAGAAAAAAGUUAUUUUGCUGGAAAUAUGUCGUCGCAUUUUUUAUGGACUGAAAUUAUUUUAUGACCAGUUGCUCUUUAUGAUGAAGCACAGCCAUAAUGGUGAUCCAGUGACAGAAAAGAUGUUUCUAGAUUUAUUCACAGCUUUUGUCAGAAUUUUUGAUUUAAAGAUUUAUGAUACUACAAAAACAGAACACUAUUUUACAAUAGGAGAGAGAGAGUUUAUAUCAGAACCUGAUGCAAUAAUAUAUAAGUUUACAGAGUCUGAGUCUUGUGAUGCUGCCAGACUAGAAUCAUCUGUGUUUGUUGUCGCUAAAGUAAAGGAAUACUGUGAAGAUAAAAAGAAAGACAGAACCUGUAAUUUGAGACAUGCAUCAGCCAAUGUAGAACUAGUUGCUGAUCAUAUUGAUAGUCAUGUUAAAGGUCAACACAUUGGAGAUAUGUUAGCAGUCACACAGUCUUCAUCAGCAUUGGGAAACAAUGGAGUGUUUGGGUUUAUUGUUCAAGGAACAAAGGUCACGUUAACUUCAUUAAAAGUUUGUGAUGAUUUCUUUGAAAGUAAAGAUUCUACUGUAGCAGCUAACAGACCUAAUGGAACAGUGAAAUACAGUAAACAGUGUAAUAUUUUAUUAAAACGUGGCCGACGUGAACUUAUUCCAGUGAUGUUAAGCAUGUCCACUCUCUUCAAAAAUGAUUAAAACGUGGCUGACAUGAACAUAUUCCAGUGAUGUUAAGCAUGACUACUUUCUUCAAAAAUGAUUAAAACGUGGCAGACAUGAACUUAUUCCAGUGAUGUUAAGCAUGGCCACACUCUUCAAAAAUGAUUAAAACGUGGCUGACAUGAAAUGAUUCCAGUGAUGUUAAGCAUGGUUACACUCUUCAAAAAGAUUAGAUUUUACAAUCAACACUACCCUCAUGUUGUAAAAGAUAACUGCAGUUUCGAACAUGAAAAGAUUAUGUGUUGUAAAAGUGUGUAUUUUGCUUACAAGUGUAACUGGUAUUGUCUCUCUGCUUUUUUUCAAGGAAUUGUGCAUGUAAAAUAAGACUUAAAACUGAAGUAGUUUUUGUCGAGCCUGCAACUUUUGUUGCAGAAAGCUCGACAUAGGGAUAGUGAUCUGGCGGCGGCGGCAGUGUUAGCUCACUUCUUAAAAGCUUUAUAUUUUAGAAGGUAGAAGACCUGGAUGCUUCAUACUUUGUAUAUAGAUGCCUCAUGUUACGAAAUUUCCGUCAGUCACAUGUCCAAAGUCCUUGACCUCAUUUUCAUGGUUAAGUGACUACUUGAAAAAAAAGUUAAGAUUUUUUGUAAUGUUAAAUUCUCUCUUAUUAUAAGUAAUUGGAUAACUAUAUUUGGUAUGUGCAUACCUUGCAAGGUCCUCAUGCCUGUCAGACAGUUUUCACUUGACCUCGACCUUAUUUCAUGGAUCAGUGAACAAGGUUAAGUUUUCGUGGUCAAGUCCAUAUCUCAGAUACUAUAAGCAAUAGGUCUAGUAUAUUCGGUGUAUGGAAGGACUGUAAGGUGUACAUGUACAACUGGCAGGUGUCAUCUGACCUAUACCUCAUUUUCAUGGUUCAGUGGUUAUAGUUAAGUUUUUGUGUUUUGGUCUGUUUUUCUUAUACUUUAUGCAAUAGAUCUACUAUAAUUGGUGUAUGGAAUGAUUGUAAGGUGUACAUGUCUAGCUGACAGGUGUCAUCUGACCUUGACCUCAUUUUCAUGGUUUGGUGGUCAAAGUUAAGUUUUUUAAUUUUGGUCUAUUUUUCUCUGCCUGGCAUGGUUCAUCUGACCUUGACCUCAUUUUCAGGGUUCAUUGAUCAAUGUUUCAUUUUCUUGGUUAAUGCUGAGUUUAUGUGACAGUUGUAAUAAAGCUUUAUAUUUAGGUCUUUCAAGAUAGUAUCAAGGAUUAGUAAAGAAGGCGAGACAUUUCAGUGUGUGCACUCUUGUUUAAAAUCAACAUUACACCUGGUACUUUAAUAGAUAUAAAAGGAGUUUGGAAAAUGAAAAGAUCCUGUCUUGCAAAUGGUAAAGUUUUGCCUGCUGGUGUAACUGGCAUUGUCUUGCUGCUUUUUUCAAGUAAUUGUUUGGAAACAAAGACUAAAAGCUGAAGAAGUUGUUUGUAGAAUUUCUAGUUUAGUAAUCUAUUCUUUCCUUGUAUUCCUUUAUUGUUUAAUGAUUCAGCUACACUGUAUUGCUGAUUUAAAACAUGAAGUUUGUACAAAACUUGUGAAACUGAAGUAUUGUAGUUAUUAGCAGAAUUUAUUAUUUGGAAGAUUAUUCUUUCCUCUAAUUCUAAAAUAUAUUUAUGAUUCAACUGCAUUUUAUUGCUUAUUAUAAACAUGGAAGUUUGUACAAAACAUGUGAAUUGGAAUGGCAUUUUUUGGAAGAUUUAACAAUCCCAAGUAUCUUACUAUUGAACAGGGAAUUAUAUACAUGUACAUGAAUCAUUAUAUUUCAAGCA